CGAGCGUCGGUCGUUUUCUCCCGCAGCGACCCACCCCCGGCUGGACACCCGCAAACCCUCGUCGACUGUUCUCCGCCCGCCGACGAGGCGAACCACUUCGCCGCCGGCGUCUUGGCCCGCUGUCGGCGUUAGCUUCCGCCUCGGGUUCGCCUCCUAAGGCAGCGCCGCCAGUGGCCGUGCUGACUGCAGCGCAGAAGGCGUUCUGCUCCAACCCGGCGCCCCCCUACCGAGGACGCACUCCCAAACCCUCGCCGGCCGCUGUAACUUCUCUUUGUACCACAUACCCCCUUCGUCCUUGUCUCCAUCCAUCUGCACUGAGAGCGAAUUAGGGCAAUGGAGUUCUCCGUCGAGGAGGAACCGAGGUCGGGCGCGCCCCUGGCACUCGGGCUCGGGGAGGACGCCAUGGAGGCGGUAAGGAGAGCUUUCCCGGGUCAGGAUUUUGCUAUUGAUGUGGUGAACCGAGCUUUCGGUCGGCGGAAUCCGGCGGAGCGCAGCCAACAAGAUUCCUCUGCCUGUGGUAUCAGUGGAGCAUGUACAUCGGAAAAGCCUAUGGAUUUGGAGCAGGUGGAGAACGCUGGGAAGAGCUGUGCGCAACAGGAUCCCUCUGCCUCAGAAAUGCAGUUGAGAUCUCAGGAAGUGGAGCAAGCCGGUCAGCGCUGCGAUGCCCCUCCCGCACCUGCAGACGUAGGCACUGAAGCCGGCGGGCCUCCCGCACCUGCAGACGUAGGCGCUGAAGCCGGCGGGGGCUGGAACCGCAGGGUUAGGCGAGGCCGUAUCCCAGAUGAACGGGAACCGGAUGCCCAGCGAGUAAGUGCGCUAGAGAAGGCAUUGACUGGCUUUGCAGAGAGGCAGACUGAUGUUGUUGUUAAUCCAACAGUGGGGACCUGCUUCGAUUCGAUUACAGAGGCAUAUGAUUUUUAUAACCUCUAUUCCUGGGAAAUGGGGUUCGGUAUAAGGUACGGCAAGAGCAGGCGGAAUACAAAGGGAGGUAAAUGCAUGCAGGAAAUUACUUGCGUUAAUGCGGGUAAACCAAAUAUGGGCGGGAAAUCGCGCAGGUGCGAGUGCACAGCACUAAUUAGGCUACUCAGAACUGAUGACAAUGGAUGGUAUGUCACCCAGCAUAGGAAAGUGCAUAACCAUGCUUUUUCCACUACAUAUGGAAACAAGGUUCAUUGGCCAUCUCAUAAGCAUCUAGAUAAGUACACCAGGGAUUUGGUUCGUCAGUUAAGGCACAAUAAUGUUAAUUUAGGCGUGUACGAUACGAUUGCUUCUUUUUUUGGGCGAAUGGAGAAUGUCCCUUUCAAUAAGCGUUCGAUCAGGACACUGUGUGGGGAAGUUAUCCGUGAGCAAGCUGUUGACGAUGCUAGGAAGACCAUGGAGACAGCAGCUGCAUCUGGAGAAAGACCAGAAAACCAUACGGGGGAGGAGACGACAUUCAACUGUAUGGGCUUAGCCUCAACCACGGUUGGUUCCCCGAAUAUGCCGGUUGAGCCCCUGAGGUACCCUGAGCAGGACGAUACACACAGCAAUGCUGAGGCAGGCAGGCUGGCUGAUCUGUUGUUAGCUUUUGGGGAUUGUCACCUGGUGCUUAAAAGCUGCACCUAUGAUGAUCUCAUCAACUCCAACGGUACCAUGUCGGGUCUGGAAGAGGCAGUGAAGGCUGUUACACCCCAUCUUCAGCAGGGCAUUUUUGGUGACCUGUGGUCCAGGGCCCACAAUUCUGGAGGCGUCGUGUCAGCUCAGGUGCUGACCAUCAAGGACCUGUUCAGAUUCACGCGUUGGCUGACAACCACCACGGGCCAGCAUAAUCUGCGGUGCGUCCAGCAGCGUGCCAAGCUGGUCAAUUCUGGGAAGGCUGUCUUAGAGCCCGAGCAGAUAGCCCUCCUCCACCUUUAUCAGGCUGAGAAUGAUGAAUAUUCAGUUAAGAUGAACAAACUCCAGGGAGAAAGGGAUGCGAAAAUUGCCCACUAUAUGGCGAAAAUUGAUGAGGCCCGCAAGUCCUUCGAGGUCAGCAUUCAAGCUGCAAAGCAGCACUACCCUGUGUCCGCCUCCUAUGUCGCUCUGGAUAGCAAUGAACUCCGCGCGCAGUGCUGGACCAUGUAUCUCGCCCAAUGUCGGAAGGAGGCGAAGGAUCUGAACGCGAAGGCCUCAAACAUCGUCGAGAAGUAUGGGCCAGAGGUCAUACAGCGUCACCUAUUUGAAUUUUGCAGCCAAGAGACAAACCGUCAGGCCCUCCUCAAGUAUGCCCAGACCAAGGUCAAUAACCUGAAAGAGGCAGGAGAUGCCCGUGGAGAAGAUACUCUUCAUGACUACAUGACGCUCCUUGAUAUUGAAAAGGCUUAUGCGCUACUCGCUGCUGAAGAGCAAAUAGCCAAUUGCCCAGACACUUGUGGGGGCAGUGAGGAUGCGGAUCGCGGUAAUAUAAACAAUAUCAUUGCAAGAGGUGAGGCUGCUGAUGGUGCUCGAGGUGAUGGACAAGAUGGGGGUGAAGGUGCAUCCGAAGGUCCUCCGAGGCAAAAGCGUCAAAGGAACGACCAAGACUAUGUUUGGUGGUGACUCUUAUAGCAGGUGAUUCACAUUAAUCGUAAGAGGAUCGUGUGCAUGAUAUGUUUCCUUACCUUGCAAGUUCAAGGUGGGAUAUGAGGUUCAAAUUAGGUUGCAGGAGCAUUCAUGGGUUCUUAAUAUACCUCGCUGUGAGGUAUAUUAAAAUUUGUACAAUGGUUGCAGUACCAUAAACAUCCAUGUCACGGAAGCUUUCGAGAGGCUGGUGUGGUGUAAGCUAUAAUUCAGUUGAUGUCUUCCCAGGUUAACCUUUUCUAAUAGUGACGGCAAUCUGUUGGACGCUGACCAAAUCAGGAAAUACAUUGUUACCUCUUUA